AUGGCCGGAGAACAACAUAGCGAUCACAGCCGUCCCCUCGUCAACUACAACAUGGACGACGGCCCGCCAUCCCAUGAAGCGGACGUUCGGGACGGUCAUCCAUCCACCCCGUCUCCAGAGCCCCAAAACAACGGAGAUGCCUCUCACGCCCACAAUUUAGGGGCAGAGACAUUUCAUCCCAUUCCCGUUCCCGUUGAAGGAGACGCCGUAAUGAUUGCCAUGGUGAAUGCCCUCAAUCAAGCCGGUUCUAUGCUCCACCAGCAGCACGAACGAAUCACGGCCCUCGAAGCCGAACGACAAGAAGCCCGGCCCCAGCCGGUGAGUAGGAUACAACAGCGUUCGGAGCCAACGAAGAAGCGAGGACGUCGCUCUCCCGAACCCUACGCCAGCAGGGCACGCGCCCGUCGUGACGGUGGUCGAGCGAGAACAUCACCAAGGCGCGGGCACAGCCCCGACAACAACGAACUGUCUCCCUUAAGGAGCGAUGAGGAAGAUUUGCAUUGCCCCCUAUCUCGGGCAAUAAUGGAGGCCCCGCUCCCCAAAGGCAUGGAGAAACCGCCAAACCUAGCUGUGUACGACGGGACUACAGAUCCCGACGAUCACGUCGACAACGUCAACGCGAUGCUCGACUACCGCAAUGAUAUAACCGGGCACCUCAAAUGCCGACUGUUCUCAACGACCCUCAGGAAAGGGGCCAUGGCCUGGUACAAAAGCUUGGCCCCUGAGUCCAUUACGUCAUGGAGAGUCAUGAGGUCCAUGUUCACCCGGCACUUUACAGCUUCCCGUCGUCACCCCAAGACUGAGGCGACCCUUGAAGCCAUAGUGCAGAAGAAGAAUGAAACACUGCGCUCAUACAUCGAGCGAUUCAACCAGGAAGCUGUCGAGGUAGAUACCACCGAGCACAUGAAGAAGUAUCUCCUCGAGAGAGGUCUCUUACCCGGCAGUGAACUUAGCAGAGCCGUAGGGAUCGAGCCUCCCCGCACCUUAAACGAGCUCCUGCAUAAAGCCCAGGCCUACAUCAGAUACGAGGAAAAGCAGGUGGCACACAAUGCCCGCAGCGGACGUAACGCUGGGGAGACCGAGCACUCAAAACGCGAUGACACGAGCAUUUCCCGUCGCAACGGAGACAAACGAAGAGAAGAAAGACCUCGCGAGCUCCGGGAAGGAAGAGGCCCCGCGGGCAGAUAUAGCGAGUACACCUUACUGACAGCUCCUCGAGAGCGUAUCCUCGCAGAAUGUAUCAACUCUGAAUUUAAGCAGGGCAGGGUCAGGUUCCCAAAACCGUCUGCACCAAAGCCCCACACCGACAAAUCAAAGGCACCUGAAGCAGUACACGAGGAAGAACGAAGCUCCCAGACACGACGAGCCAGAGAAGAAGAGACCCCGGGAAACACACCCCCUGACAACUCUCCCUAUCAAGUGGCCCUCUGCGUGUCACGACCGGAAGAUUUCUUCCUCCCCGAACCAUUGCCCGAGGGCAAGAUCACUGCACUCAGCCCCUGGGAAGACUUCCCUACCACACUGGUGAUAUCAGGAGGAGGGACUAACGGGGAAUCCGCGGCCCUCUCCGUCAAACGUAAGUUCGACGAACUCCUACUGACUGCCCCCGAGCAGAAAGCGACAUUGACAAAAUACCGGGGAAAAUCCAACCCAAUAUCCUUCUUCCUGGAGGAACUCCCGGGCGGAUCCCCCAACUCGGCCAUCCCACUAUUGAUAAGAGCAAAGAUGGCCCGAUUCGACGUACGACGCAUCCUGGUCGACGAAGGCAGCUCAGUGGAUAUCAUGUACGUCCACCUCUUCAAGACUCUGAAGCUAGACAAGACCAACUUAGCCCCCUACGUCGGAUCAGAUCUCCAAGGAUUCAACGGAGCAACAACCAGACCGUGGGGAUAUGUUGAGCUCCUCGUCACCUUCGGCGAACAAGAAACGGCCAGGGAAGUCAAAAUCCAAUUUCUGGUCGUAGACUGUCCGUCUCUCUACAAUUGCAUCUUUGGACGCCCGACACUGGCCGAACUCACUGCGGUCCCAUCCACCGUCCACCUGAAGAUGAAAUACUACACCAAAUUGGGACGUGUGGUCACCAUCCAUGGUGACAUCGAAGCAGCCCGACGAUGCUACGACGCCGCAGUAAAAGGACAGGCCGUAGUCAGCACGAAGAGCAACUGCAACAACAAAAAGCUCAAGACCGAGGAUCCUGCCCGAGGAGUCAACGCCAUCGACCUCGACUGUCGCAUCGGGCUGGACGAGACCGAAGAGGGGAGGUUCCCCAAGGAACGCUCUCUCGAACACCCGGUCCGACCAAUCCCCGACGGGGAGUUCGAACUCAUUCCUCUUGGGGACGAUCCGGAAAGGACGGUGAAGAUAGGUAAGGGACUACCCGAGGAAACAAGAGAAGAGCUAGUAGCAUGCCUCAAAGAGAACUCCGACCUCUUCGCGUGGAAUGCCGCAGAAAUGCCCGGGCUGGACCCCGAGAUCGCGUGUCAUAAGCUAGCUGUAGACCGGGCAGCCAAGCCCAUAGCACAGCAUAGACGCAAGCAAUCGCCCGAAAAGGCAGAGGCUGCCGAGCGAGCUGUAAAAGACCUCUUAGAGGCAAAUUUUAUUUCUGAAGCCCAGUACACAACCUGCCUCUCUAAUGUAGUCCUCGUUAAGAAAAAUAAUGGAAAAUGGCGUAUGUGUGUUGAUUAUACUGAUCUUAAUAGGGCUUGCCCGAAAGAUGCUUUCCCCCUCCCUAAUAUAGACUCGCUCGUUGACAACUCUGCAGGUUUUAAACUCUUGUCCUUCAUGGACGCAUAUAGUGGAUACAACCAGAUCCCUAUGUCGCCCGCAGACAAGAAACACACAGCGUUCAUGACCCCAACGGGCAAUUACUAUUACAACGUGAUGCCGUUCGGGCUCAAGAACGCUGGCGCUACAUACCAACGCAUGAUGAACAAAGUCUUCAAGGACGAAAUAGGGGACAUGCUCGAAGUGUACAUGGACGACAUGAUCGUCAAAUCACACGAGGAGAUAACCCAUGCUCGACACCUUACGAAGGUAUUCGAGCAGGCGAGACAGUGUAAAAUGAGGUUCAACCCCGAAAAAUGCACGUUUGGAGUCCGAGCAGGCAAGUUCCUCGGUUUCUAUCUCACCGAAAGAGGGAUCGAGGCCAACCCCGACAAAUGCCGGGCAUUCUCGGAGUUUCCGACCCGAAAACCAAAAAUCGAUCCAGUCACUCAAUGGAGUGCUCGCCUCACUCUCCCGUUUCAUCGCCAAGUCCGCCCAGCACGCGUUGCCGUUCUUCAGACUCCUUCGCAAAGAGGCUACCUUCGACUGGACCGAUGA